ACCCGCCUGCCUGCAGGAAGCGUCUGUGUGAGUAAUACCCCAGCAGCUGUCCGCCCUAGAACGUCUUGUAAAUAGCUCCAACGUUUCUGCGGUACUUGGUGUUUGCUCUUAUCCCUCCAGCCCUUCGUCCGUUCCUAGUUCUACGUGUUUUACAUAUAUCCCUCCCUCCUCAUGAGCCAAACCGAGGCCGAGCUCGAGAGCUUCCGCCGCCAAUGGCGCGAAGAGGUCUCGGCGCGGGCUCAGGCGGCGAAUGCAGCUUCAGGGCCAGUUCUUGACUCCACACAGCCAUCUGGUAGCCGUCCCACGGCCCGGAACCCCAGCGCGACGGAACCCCAAAGCACCAAGUCCCACGAUGUAUCAGGAGCACUGGACGACGAGUGGGAGCCCCGGACGUACCACGAUCUUGGGGACAGGGAUUCAGGGAAACGACUGACAGACUCUCCAUCGUCAUCCACGGCAACUCCGGCCACCAGCGCACCGCGGUCGGCACUGGAGCACUAUGAGCAGGCUGUCGAGAAAGAGAGCCAGGGGAGUCUGGGAGACAGCGUAGACUUGUACCGCAAAGCCUUUCGGCUUGACUCUCGCGUCCACGAGGCAUACAAGAACAAGCACUUCCCGCCCUCCUUCUUCCAAGCCUCCAAGACUAAGCCGCAGGACCCCAAGCCUUCAAAUGUACCGGCGACUGUGCCAAACACCGCCCAUCACUCAUUAGAUGGCCUUUCCGCCUCUCUGUCCAGCCUCAUCCAAGACUUCUCUUCCCUCUCUAUCCCGAGCGAAGAACCCCCUACUGAUCUUUCUCCCGCGCCACCCUGCCCUAUCUCCACCCUACCUGAGGAAAUCCUCGUAGAGAUUCUUCUCGAGCUUGCCAUUCAGGAUGUAGCCUCCUUUGUCCGUCUAGCUCAGACAUGCAAGCGGCUAGCAUACCUCGUCCUCACUGAGGAGCGUGUCUGGAGACGUGUGUCCAUAGGUUCCGAAGUCGGCUUUGGAGCCAUGCACUAUGACUGGAAUUGUAAGGUCAAUGGACAGCCACUUGGCGACGACGACGAGGGCGGUCAGAUCCUGUCUUCCCCUGAAAUCGAUACCCCUCAUCCAGUAACAUCUCUUACCACCACUCUUCUCGUCCCCCAGGUCUACCCCAACUAUCGCGCACUUUUCCGUUCGCGCCCUCGCAUACGCUUCAACGGCUGCUAUAUCUCCACGGUAAACUACACUAGACCUGGUGCCUCUUCGCCAAGCAGCAUAUCAUGGCACUCGCCAAUCCACAUUGUGACGUACUACCGUUACCUCCGCUUCUUCCGCGACGGAACUUGUGUUUCGCUUCUCACAGUUGCUGAGCCGGCCGAUGUCAUACCGUACCUGCUGCAAGAGCAUAUGCACACUCACCACUCUGGAAACCUCCCCAGUGCCGUCAUGAAGGAUGCUCUUGCGGGCCGCUGGCGGCUUUCAGGUCCAGCGGUGCCAUCGAACCCAAGUUCGCGUGCGAGUGGAAUGGGGGCUGUCGAGAAAGCAGUCGACUCCGAGGCCGAGGGCACUCUACAUAUAGAGACGGCUGGCGUGACUCCAAAAUACACUUACAAGAUGGCGUUCUUGCUUGGAAGCGCUGGGCGGGCGGCGCGGAAUAAUAAACUGGCAUGGAAAGGAUACUGGAGCUACAAUAGAUUGACGGACGAUUGGGCGGAGUUUGGACUGAAGAACGACCGGCCCUUCCAUUUCAGUCGAGUGAAGAGCUACGGUAUGGGCAUGUGAAAUAGACGAGUGUUCUCUCUGGGUAGAAGUGGCGGCAUCAGGUGCCAAUCGUCAUGUGCUAGAGUCACAUGAUCUCGCUUAGGGCCAACCGCCCGCCAAAGUGUCACAGCCGGCCCUCCG